AUGAUGGGGCUGUUUGGAAAGAAAAAGGAUCCCAAAGAACAAGUUCGGGAAAUGCAACGAAAGAUGAGAGGAGAAAUGCGUGCACUCGACAGGCAAGUGUAUGCCAUUCAACGUGAGGAACAGAAGGUCACCAAAGAGAUCAAGGAAGCUGCGAAGAAAGGCGACAGAGAAGUGUGCGUUGUCUUGGCAAAGUCACUGUUGCAAUCACGCAAGGCUGUCGCCAAAAUACACAUGAGUAAGGCUCAAAUCAACUCAGUCAUCAUGUGUAUGCAAGAACAGCUAGCAACGAUGAGAAUGGCUGGUUCGCUACAGAAAUCCACCCAAGUUUUACAAAGUAUGCAGAACCUCGUCAAGGUGCCCGAAAUCAUGAAGACGAUGCGAGAAAUGGCACAGGAAAUGAUGAAACUCGGUAUUAUCGAUGAAAUGAUCGAGGAGACCAUGGAAACUAUGGAGCCAGAGGAUCUGGAAGAACAGGCUCAGGAAGAGGUAGAUCGCAUCCUAUGGGAGGUGACAGCCGGUGAACUUGGCAAGGCUCCUGCCGCUGUGACCGGUGAUCUUGGUGGCGGAAAAGUUGCAGCUGAAACUGAAGAUUUCGAGUCGAUGGCGCAACGACUGGCUGAACUUCGAGAUUAG